UCCUCAGACAGUGGUGGUGUUUUGCCGGUAAAAAUGUUGGUAACAACAAUAUAUGCUUCUCAUAAAACGGUGCCACUCUUUCCGGCCACCAUCUUUGCUUCCUCCUCCACAAACAACCACCAUGAAAGCUCCCCACAAUUUCAUCUAAAACAACCCAUUGACCGCCGUCGCAUUCUCACCUCACUAGCUGCCUCAGUCACCCCAUUGUUUGCACCCAAUUCUCACCUCAUUUCACAAGAAUCUAAUUCAUUUAGUUCGAUACCAUUUUUAUUGCCGUCUGCCGAUGCUCGCGGUCUUUUCCAAAUGCCCCCUGUCCGUCUCUCCAAUCGGUACUUUUUGGUGAGGGCAGGGGAGUCUGAAUAUGAGAGUAUGGGGGUAAUCAACACAAACCCGGUUGCGAAAACAUCUGUUGAUAAUGGGUUAUCAGAAAUCGGGAAGAAACAAGCUGUCAGGGCAGCUUUGAGAUUGAAGGAAAUGAGGGCCUGUGAAAAUAAUUGCUGGAUUUGGCCUUCUAUUACUCAGAGAGCAUAUCAAGCUGCUGAGAUUAUUGCUGCUGUUAAUGUAGUCAACAGGAGCAAUAUAGUUCCAGAAUAUAGUUUUUUGGAUGCUCGUGGAUUAGGAGCAUACGAAGGCCAAGCAUUACAAUCUGUUUCGGAAAUAUAUGCAUCAGAUAGUGUUUCUCAGAAUAUUAAGCCACCUCCGAUUAAUGAUGGAACCCCAAACGAGAGUGUUGCUGAUGUCUUUGUUCGUGUGACACAACUCAUGUCAAUUCUUGAAACUCAAUAUUCUGAGGACACCGUCAUCAUUGUCUCACCAGACUCUGAUAACUUGACGAUACUACAAGCUGGUUUAGUCGGGCUCGAUCUUAGAAGGCAUAGCGAGCUAGCGUUUGAGCCUGGGGAAGUCCGAUUUUUUGACCCAAGUAGUAUUCCUACAUACAAGCAACCUGCUUCGGCGUUAUACAAAUGUCUAAACCCGCCUAGUUGUACAUAAAUAUACAUGCUCUAAGUAACUUUUAUCUUGACUUGUCCGAAAAUUUACACUAAUAUUCGGUAAACUCAUUAUUGUUACUCGAUAUAACAAUAAUCAGUUACAAACCA